AUGCCAGGCGCAAAAUAUGAACAGCUGUCUUUGAAUGCCGACGCCGAUGAAGAUGUUCUAUCGAAUAAAACUAAGGCAAAAUGGUCUGACGUGUGUUUCCAAAAAAGUCUUCUAUCUCUAGGAUUAAUACUUCUAUAUUUUUCUCUGUCUAUUGGAUUGACCUUCUAUCAGAGAUGGCUUUUAAAGGACUUUCACUAUCCUUUGACUGUGGUGAUGUACCACCUAAUUGUCAAAUGGGUGCUCUCAGUUUUAGUCAGGGUGAUAAUGCGCUUGAUAACUGGUAUUCCUCAACUCUUGUUGCCAUUUAUGACCUGUUUGAAAUCAGUUGGCCCUACGGGUUUGGCUAGCGGCAUAGAUGUUGGAUUCUCAAAUUGGGGGCUUGAACUUGUAACCAUAUCUCUGUACACCAUGACUAAAUCAACUACUAUCAUAUUUAUUCUUGGAUUUGCUAUACUUCUGGGAUUAGAAAAGAAGUCAUGGUCAUUAGUCGGCAUUGUCCUGAUGAUAGCAGCUGGUCUGAUUAUGUUCACAUAUAAAGCAACCCAGUUCAAUUUGUUGGGUUUUAAUUUCCUACUUUUGGCUUCAUUUGCUGCUGGGCUAAGAUGGACCUUUGCUCAGUUGUUAAUGCAGAAAUCAAAACUUGGACUCCACAACCCUGUGGAUAUGGUUUUCCAUGUUCAACCCUGGAUGUUCCUGUCCUUACUUCCAUUUACUAUUAUGUUUGAAGGUAUGAACUGCCUUCAGUACAUGUACGAGUUGCCACCAUCGCAACUGUUGCCAUCUGUGCUAAAAGUGUCUGUGGGAGCCACUAUCGCUUUCGCCAUGGAGAUCAGCGAAUUCCUCGUGGUCACCUACACGUCUAGUCUUACUUUGUCUAUAGCUGGAAUAUUUAAGGAAAUGUGCAUUCUAGUCCUCGCAGUUGAAGUGAGUGGAGACCUCCUUAGUCCCAUAAAUGUUGUUGGGCUGGCUUUGUGUUUGCUGGGUAUAAGCGGCCACAUAAUACACAAAAUAUUGGUUAUUAAAUCGGUAACCGGUUCGGUGCGAGCCAUUCACUACAAUAAUAUGAGAAGUCGGCUUGCAAAGUCCAAAGAAGACCACGGCGAACCUCUACUAGUAGAUGAUAGCAAAUGGCAGAAUGUUCCAAGCGAAGAAAGUGACAUAGACUCCAAUGUUGUCAUAUAUGAAGUACUACAGAGAAGGGAUGGUAGAUAG